UUGCAUAGUAUUGCAGCAUCAACAUCAUCAGAUAGGCAACCUCAUUUUCUGUAUUCUCAGAGCUUACUCAGAGGAUACUACUGUCAGCAUUCAAGCUUUCCAAAACUGAGUGAAGAUGGAGGUCGAUUGCGAGAACACCUCGAAGGAAGAAGAAAAAACCGGGAAGAAUAUCGUGGUGAUAUUGGUAGGUGCUCCUGGUAGUGGCAAGUCCACCUUCUGCGAGAACGUCAUGAGUGCCUCUCGCCGCCCCUGGGUUCGAAUCUGCCAGGACACAAUUGCAAAUGGAAAAGCUGGAACAAAAGCCCAAUGCUUAAGUAGUGCAACCGAGGCAUUGAAGGAUGGAAAAAGCGUAUUUAUUGAUAGAUGCAGUUUGGAAAAAGAACAGAGGGUGGAGUUUGUGAAACUUGGUGGACUGCAAGUGGAUGUGCAUGCUGUUGUGCUUGAUCUUCCUGCUAAGCUAUGUAUUUCUCGGUUGGUAGUACGCACUGGGCAUGAAGGAAAUUUGCAAGGUGGAAAAGCUGCUGUUGUUGUGAACCGAAUGCUGCAAAAGAAAGAAUUGCCUAAUUUGGGUGAAGGGUUCUCCAGAAUUACAUUUUGUCAGAAUGAAAGUGAUGUUCAAGGUGCUGUGAAUACAUAUUGUGGUCUUGGUCCCUUAGACACCCUUCCAUCUGGAUAUUUUGGUCAGAAAAACCGAGAUGCUAAAAUCCAACUUGGUAUAAUGAAAUUUUUCAAGAAAGUAGGUGCCACUGACUCAGCUACACUUGAUAAAAAUUGUUCACUGGGUUCUGUUUCUGAACAAGAAACCAAGGAAAAUGAUCCCUCCUAUAAGGAACCUGAAAAGGUUAUAUCAUCAGUAGGGAAUGUAGAUGAGUGGAAAACAGAGGAUCUAGUCUUGCUAGAGGGAUCUUCAGUUGGUUCUAAUGGUGUUCCUACUCUAGCUUUUCCGUCUAUUUCAACAUCAGAUUUUCAAUUCAACCAAGGAAAGGCAUCUGAUAUCAUUGUUGAGAAAGUGGAGGAAUUUUUGAGUAAAGUUGGAAAUGUCAGGCUAGUUCUUGUUGACUUGCAUGAAUCAAAGAUUUUAUCAUUGGUUAGAUCCAAAGCUGUGCACAAGAAUGUAGACUCCAAAAGGUUCAUGACAUCUGUUGGAGAUAUAACUCGUCUUUAUACUAGAGGUGGUUUACGCUGCAAUGUAAUUGCUAAUGCUGCAAACUGGCGAUUGAAAUCUGGUGGUGGAGGUGUGAAUGCAGCAAUAUACAGUGCUGCAGGUCCAGCCCUAGAAGCUGCAACUAAGGAACGAGCUGGAUCUCUUUGCCCUGGGAAAGCUGUGGUUGUUCCUCUCCCUUCAACUUCUCCUUUGUUUAAAGAAGAAGGUGUUACCCAUGUUAUACAUGUUCUUGGACCUAAUAUGAAUCCUCAGAGACCAAACUGCCUCAAUAAUGACUAUGAUAAAGGCUGUCGCAUACUUGGUGAGGCCUACUCAUCACUUUUUGAAGGUUUUGCAUCUAUAUUGAGCACCCAAACCAAAUUAUGGAAGGGAGGUGAAGAAGGUUCUGGGUCAAGGGCUUCAGAGUUGCAUGACAAUUUGUCUGAGAGAGACACUACGAAUAAACGAGAAGGCAGGUAUGAUUCUGACAGGAACAAGAAAUAUAAAGGGCUUCAAGAAGAAUCUGGAAUACGACAUGCAAUAUCAGGAUCAAAGGGAAAAGAAUUUUUGUCUGCUAUGACUGAUUCUAUGGAGGGGAAGGUACAGCCAAAGAAUGAGAACAUUGACAGUGGCAGGAGAAGGAUCUGGAGCUCAUGGGCUCAGGCUCUUUACCAUAUCGCCAUGCACCCUGAGAAACACAAAAAUGAUGUCUUAGAGAUAUCAGAUGAUAUUGUUGUGCUGAAUGACCUUUAUCCCAAGGCACAAAAGCACCUUCUGAUGUUAACCAGAAUGGAUGGUCUUGAUAGUCUGGCAGAUGUAGGCACUGAACAACUUCAGUUAUUGAAGACAAUGCAUGCUAUGGGUCUGAAGUGGGUACAAAGUUUUUUAUGUAAUGAUGCUUCUUUGGUCUUCCGUCUUGGAUACCAUUCGGCACCAUCAAUGCGACAACUGCACCUUCAUGUCAUCAGCCUGGAUUUUAAUUCAAACCACUUGAAGAACAAGAAGCACUGGAAUUCGUUUAAUACUGCUUUCUUCCGUGAUUCUGUUGAUGUUAUUGAGGAAAUUGAGAAAUAUGGGAAAGCAACAUUACAUGAUGAUGAAAAAUUAUUGUCAAUGGAAUUGCGUUGCCACCGAUGUAGGAGUGCACACCCUAACAUACCCCGCCUCAAAUCACAUAUUAGAAAUUGUCGAGCUCCCUUUCAUGCCACUCUGCUCCAAAAUGACCGUCUUGUACUUGCACCCAGUCGAGUUCAUAAUGAAGCAUAGCUAUGUACAGGUCCCCCAUUUAGAUUCCUUUUUUGUUU